AUGAAGAGAAAGCAUAGAGCUAUUAAUCCUGUUGGUGUAUUCGAUAUCUAUCAUGAUGAGAUUGUAGAAAUGAAUAGAGAUUAUACUAGUUUUGUUGUCUCUGGUGAAAGUGGAGGUAGUAAAAGAUUCAGAUAUAAUGCAGACAGACGUUCUUAUUCAAAAAUGUCAUCUGAGCUUGGAGAUAAUUCAUCAAAAAGACCUCUUUUACCAGAGUCACUGAGAGGAGAUUCUCAAGGAACAGACGUAUGUUUGGUUCAAUGCGAACUUUAUCGAGGAUCAGAAUCUCACUUCUCGCAACAUGAAGUCCCGGUAUCAAAAUCUGGAUCGUCUCAAGCGAAAUUACAUUCAGAGGACGUCGAAAGUGAAAUACAUGCAGAAUCCAAUCGACGGCCUCAUUUAGAUGAGGACAAAAUUGAUAUUAUAAAAAUAAUUGACGAUAUGAGGUAUAACCACGAAUUUAAUAAUUUCAUUCGCGAUAUAAAAAAAGAUAAAUUUAAUGUUUUCUCUUAUGUACAAUUGCAUGCAUACAAGCGGUACCAUCAUUUGAUGGAAAUAGAAAAACAAAAAUCAUCAAUCGCCAUCAAUGGUACAGGGAGCAUAUGUACAAAAAUUGUAUACGACAAUGGUUGCACAAGUGGUCAUAUCUUUUUAUAUGCAAUUAUUAUCAAUUUUAGUCAAUGUACUUUGUCAGUAUAUCAAUUAUUAACUGAUGAUCAAAUCACCAUAUUAAUUGAAUUAUGGUUGAAAAAUUGGAUUCGCAUGGGUGCUCCAAAACCGGAUAAGGUAACCUGUGAUUGUUUUAGAGCAUUGAUCAAUGCACUGGUAUUGGCUUUUAAUGAGCAGAAUAUAAAAAAGUAUAUCGAAACGCUUUUCUUAAAUAUAAUUAGUAAUCCAUCAAGUAAAAUGUGUCCACCAAUCUCAACCUACUUAAGAUUAGAUGUUGCUUACUUCAUCAAAAUGAUAGCUAACUGGCAUGAUGAAGUAUUAUCAAUGAAUCCAGAAGAAGCUGAACAAAAAUUCAAAGAAAUUUCAAACGAUGAAUCCAGCUCGAGUAUUAAAAAUUGGAUUAACAGGAACCGAGAAGCAGCUGGAGAAAUCGAUCAAAAAGGUACAGAGGUGAAUGGGUUUUACAACAAAAGCUUCAUAGAUGAUUUUUUUAAAACCAUCGCUUUAGAAUUUCCGCUGCGAUCUGCAGCAUGUCUACCCGGCAAACAAGAUCCCGCAACAACGAGUUAUAUUGAAGCUUAA